GCGCCGGAGCCGCCCCGUCGGGGCCGCCGCGAUUGCGGAGCCGCGGGCAGCACGGCCCCGCCCGUCGGGGCCGGGGCUACCGAGGGUGCGGGGGGGGCCAGGGCGGGGGCCCCCGGGGGCCACAGGGGGCCGGGGCAGCCCCGCCGGGGCACAGCAGCGCCGGGGCCCUCCCUGCAGAUUCCCCGGGCGAUCGGAGGGCACCGGGCGGGGCCGGUGAUGCCGGGGAACGGGGAGGGGGGACCUGGGGGGCACCGGGUGAACGCCGGGGGGCACCGGGGGGGCCACAGAGGGCCACCGGGUGAACACUGGGGCGACACCGUUGGCCACCGGGAGCCACCGGGUGAACACCGUGGGGACAUCAGGGGACACCGGGGGACACCGGGUGAACACCGUGGGUAUACCGGGGAAUACUGGAGGACACCGUGAGCCACCGUGAGCCACCGGGUGAACACCGUGGGGACACCGGGGCUCCGCUCCGCGCUGCACCGCGCCCGUCCCGUCCCGUCCCGUCCCAGGCGGGGACCGCAGGUGAGCCCGGGCCGGGAGCAGAGCGGGGCCCCGGGAUGCCCGGUGCCGCCGGGCGCGGAGCCACCAGGAACUGCCCCGGGUUUUCCUGCCCGUCCCGUCCCAGCGCGGGGCCGGGGCCGGGCGCGGCGGGGCGCAGCUCGGGGACCCCGGCCCGGUAUCGGUUCUGCUUUCGGGGGAGGCGGCGAUUUCGCAGUAACGGGGGGCGGGUGCCACCUGCCCCGGGGAUUCCCCACCUGCCGCCGCCGCCCCAUAAGAGCCCGGUGGCGGCUCCGGUGGCGGCACCGUCUCGCCAUGGCCCCGCUCCGCCGCCUCUGCCUCUGCUUCCCGGCGCUGCUGCUGCUGCUGCUGCCGGCGCCGCCGGUCGCCGCGGCCCCUGCCCCGGUCCCGGGCACCGACUGGGCCGCCUGCAAGGACCUCUCCCGGGAGCUGUCGCGGCUGCUGGGGACGCUCAAGGAGCCGCACUCGGAGCUGAACCGGGUGCAGAUUGCUGUGGAGGACCCCGAGGGGGAUUGUGCCACCCGCAUCCGCUGCAGCGACGCCUGCGACCCCUCUGCGCUGGACACGAACAACACGCGCUGCCUGCGACGGAUCCUGCAGGGGCUGCAGCACUACCGGGACCUGCUGGGCUCCGAGAUCUUCAGCGCCCACCGCCUGCCGCAGCUGGAGGCCACGCUGGACCGGCUGCUGGGAGUCGUGCAGCAGGCACCCGGCCGCCCCUGCCAGGCUCCCCUGGGCCCCACCACCCCAACCUGGGCCGAGUCGCUGCUGCCGCAGCUGCGGCACCAAGCGCUCGAGCAACUCCAGUCCUUCACCGCCGUCAUGAGCCGCGUCUUCACCUACAGCGCCAGACCCCACUGAUGCCGCCCGCCGUGGGCUCCCCAUUAUUUAUUCCCCCUCCUCCCUGAGGGGCUAUUUAUGAGCCGUGCUCCCUAU